GCGAGCCUAGUUAUUUCAAGUGAAUUACAGGAGAGGGUGGCUGACAAGCCAUGUUUUGUUCCUCAACUGUUGAUAAAUAAAGCCACCACACCGACCCUGCUUCGAUUUUCAUUCUGUAGCAAUAUUGGAAGUUGACGUUUCUUCUUCACUGAGAUUCGAAUAUAUUGCAAGACGACUAUCUAACUCGAAAGAGGCAGAGGUCGUGAUCUGAAGGAACUUGUGUGGAUCUCAGCUGCAGAGAUCACUGGAAACAUCCUACUUGAAGAUGGUCUCAAAUGAUCACUCCUGAACUCUGAGAUGCUAGCCACUAAUUAAAUUUCUCAAUUAGAAGGCGAAAAUUGGAUGUUAUAAUGGACAGUGAAGGAUAGAAGAGUUCUUGCUAAAUACAAAGGUCCAUGAAUCAAGACUGUAUACAUGCAUGACAUGAAAAACACACAGAAAGAUUCCCAAAACAGCACACAGGUGAAGAAAUGAAACGGCACGAACUUCAUCAACAGAAUCAGAAUCCAUUGAUCAGUAUAUUGUGGCAUCAGAAUCAAAUCCGACUGGAAUAAUGGAGUUUCAUCGACCAGCUGUAUCUCGUGGAUGCAUAAGGCAAGCAACCUUUCCAAAUGCUACACCACAAACCCAAAUGAUAACAUACCCUCCGAGGCAGCUGUCUUUGCCAGCAAACCCAAAUGCAGAUGUCAAUGGACUGGGCCAAAAGCCACUAACAACAUCUCAGCACCACCCUCCGAAGAUAACUCUUUUAAAUCGAAGUCCUGCGCUAAACCUUUCAUCGCCUACACCGACAGACAGCAGUUCACAGCCAAGCAGCGCCGAAGACCUUAGCCGAGUAACAUCGAUUCCAUCUUUCUCUGAUGAAUCACUGACUGGCAUGCCCUCAAAACCGAGUGCAGAGGAAGACGAUGCUUUAUCAUCAGCAAGGCCGCCACUGUCUACAGAUUCAUCUUUUGAUUACAAAGACUCCAGUGGUAUAGACCUCCAUGAAUUCAUCGUCAAAACGCUGAGAGAGAACCCUAGGGAUCGUUUAAUGCUGCUUAAAUUGGAAAAGGAUUUCAUAAAUUUCAUCAAGGACGAUACACGAAUCGUGCACAAAUAUCAGCAGAUGACGUCAUACCAUCGUAUGCUAGUUCAUCGAGUAGCUGCGUAUUUUGGCUUGGAUCACAAUGUGGAUUCUACUGGGAAAUGCGUAAUGGUGAACAAAAAUGCUUCAACUAGAAUACCAGAAUGCAGCUUUCAGAUGUACUGCAGUAGAGAAUACUCUGACGAGGAGCUCAGUCAAUACCCUAGAGCGAUAUUAAAACGGGCAAAUUCAGUAGAGGAUUGUGCAACUCCGCCACGGCCGCGAAGUCCACAGUCAACUUCAAAGUCUUUAGAAGACAAAAAAUCACGAUCGAUCGAAGAACGGGAACAUGACUACGAAAAAGCCAGAGCUAGAAUUUUUCAAGAUUCUGUGUCGUCACAGUCUUCCAUCGACAGUGCAGAUCUUGCACCAAGUGGCACUAGCGCACCCGUAUCUUCUUCCGCAACGGAUGUUGCUCUUGAGGCAAACAGGCAAUCAAAUAUUGCACCUCGAUUUCAAGACUGGAAUGAACAACGCAAUGCUGAAAGGGAGGCAGCAAUAGCGGCAGCUGCUGCCGCAACAGGUAAUAAAGGUGGGAACCUCAAGUUAAAAAAACGAUGGCCGAAAUACGAACAAGGACGUCACGAAUCCCCUCAGCGUCCGGAUAUGGUUCAGACUCAUGGGAUGACGCCCAUGCCGCCAAUGAUGACCCCGGAAAUGCAAAUGAUGAGCAACCCUGCCAUGGCAGGUGCUGGGGUGCCAGGGUCAGCUCAAGGUGUUUACAUAAACGUUGGACAGGAUGGCUUUUCACCAGGAUCCAUGUGGAUUAACCCAACUGCUGGCCAGCCUGUUGCCGGGCACGAUGCUUCACAAGUAAUUUACCAGCCUGGCUACUCUGCAUCACGUCCUGGGGGCGUUGUGUAUCAGAGCCAGCAAAUGCCAUCUCACGCUGCCCAACAAGCGCAUUACCCAUACAUGAUGCCAGUUCAGUAUUCUGGUGGCGGACCGCAACAACAUUAUUACGUCGUUCAUCAACCACAAGGCGAUCGUUCUGCAAUGCAGCCCAUGCAGACGAAUACAGCUUCUAUGCCCGGACCAGCCCAGCAAGCCCAACUUGGAUACCAAGAAGUUGCUGGUCAGAUGGCAGCUUUGUCGCUGUCGCAUCGUCAUCACGAGAAUGCUGACGAGGACUCUGCGUCAACUGACAGCUAUUCCACAACACCAACACCACCACCCCAUAGCCAGAUGGACAUGCAGCAUCAGGUGAUGGUUCCCGGUAGCCCUUACGUCUUAGUUCCUCAUCGACAAAUGGUUCCAGGGCAAAUGUAUCAGAGCCCAAUGCCUUUACAGUACAUCCCCGGCCAGGGAUACGUUCCCUACCCUCCUUAUGCACAAUACGUGACAAUGCAAGAGCCAGGAACUAGGUAUCCUCAGUCACAAACUCCUCCUGUUCAAGCCCGAUCGCCCUCCCCAGUAAUGGUAGGUGCACAGUAUGUAGGAAAUCAUCCUCAUCACGUCCCUACUCAUAUCAACCGCUCAGCCCCAGGUCAGACCCCGCCAUACACAAGGACACCUCCACCAACAUCUGCUCCAUACAUUUGUAAUACAAUGCAAGGACCCGUCCCAGGAAGUACAAUGAUUUUUCCUGUACCUCAAUCCCUGUCGGCUCAAGCAGGUGGAGCAGUACCUCCUGGUUCAGUCACCCCUCCUGCAACAUCUGGCCCUUACUCUAGUUGGAAGGCCCAAAAGAGGGGGCCAAAGGGGACCAAUGGUAUGAGCCACGACAUUCUUCACUACCAAGCCUUGGCCCAGGAGGGUCAUAGAGUUCAGCAAAACAUUGCCUCGAUGUCAGCGCAGACUAGACAACCAAUGGUAAAGAUGAUUCACGUGCCUCCGCAUUUACCAGUGAUGACAGGGCAAAGGUAUGUCAAUCGCGAGAAAAGCUGCUAUUUUAGGUUUCCACAGCCACCAGCAGCGUAUAACCAGUUUGUUGGAUAUUCUCCUGUAUAUAAACGUAGUAAGCCGAGGGUGCAAAACAGAACACCAAGGCAGUCUGCAAAUAGCAGCACAGCAGAUGACGAUAAAAAAACGGUCAGUCACAUCUUAGAGGUUUACGAUAUGCCUGAGGGAUUGUCUUCUUCUGAAAACGAGGCUCUACUUAAGGACGUGGAAGAUGCCGGCGGCCGGAUCCUUCAGAUCAACAACAGUUCAAUCGGCUCUUCACAAACACCGGUCGGACCUCGGGUUCUAGCCAUAUUCAAAUCUGCAACGGACGCUCAGAAUGCUUUGGAAACGAUCAAUAGUCCAAAGUUUAAAUUGCGGGUAUCCCAAAAAUCCCCCACGCAUUUUGCUGCGGACAACAGUGGUACGUCUCCGAGAAGUAGUAGUACGUCAAGUUCAUAGCGUUUUACUAAAUCAAAUUUUAAAACGCUUUAUUUUAUAGUUAGAACGUAAGAGACUUUUGAAAGUUUAUGUCGUUAGGAAAGCAGAAUUUUAUUGAAAUUUCCACUCGAACGAAGCAGCACUCUUAUUUAAAAAACUAGCCUUUUGUUUUUGUGUAAUGUGGUCGUUUUUAUUUGAGAGAUUUUUGUCGAAUGUUGAUUUGAUUUGACUUCCGUUUAUUUCAUAUUUUCUUGGUGCCCUUUUUUAUGUAAAUCUAGUUUUCUACCUCACAAUUAGAAAAUUAGGAACUAAGCCACAGCCACGUGUUAUUUAGGUCUUUAUGAGCUUUUCCUCUGAAUCGUUCUUGUGCUCGAAUAGUCUCACGAUAGUUGAAAUUGCCUUCAUUUUGACAGCACUCCUAAUGACAGCGCUAAAACAAAUUUUUAAUGUCUGGGAUUAGAGAAAUGAAAAAUUUAUCCUUCCCUUCCCAUCACCCCAAUGCUCUUUUAAGGAAGCACAUCUCUCUUGUACUCGUUUGCUUUUCACGUUCUUAUGCGCCUUUGAGAAGUUUUAUUUGUACAUUACGAUACACAUCUAGUCGUGCUAGGAUUUAUCUUUCUUGGUUUCCGGAUUUUCUAUCAACGGUGUUAAGCUGUUAUUGUACUUUAUGUUCUGGAGUGUUUUGGAAGGGAGGGAGGGUCAUUACUGUUACUGACUUUUUCUCGUCUGCAACCAACCCAAACUUACUGAUAAAAGGCGAAAACCCCUUUUUUCUGGUAUGUAGUCGUUGCACGAAAAUUGUCAAUAAGGUCCACUGUCACUAUCUUUGUUAAUGGGAAUUUUCGUGUGGGUAGAGAUACAGGGGCGAAAGAGAAAUUCUGUUUGAGCUGCUUUAAGUACCCUAGAAAAUAUUCAUUUUCAUCGAUAGUAUACGUGGUAUAUUUCAUCUUUUAUGUUUGUUUUAUCACAUGAGAGUGGUGCAGAUCGUCACCAUGUAGAACACAGCAAGUCGGUAUGUUGUGAAGAAAACUUUCCCUUGUAACGUCAUAGAGGUCUUCCCUUUAUCCACUACAGUUAUUUAUUGUAGGUAAGAUAUUCUUAAUAUAUAAAAAAUGAAUUUUAGAAGAGAUGUUUAUCGGUGUAAAGUGUGAAAGAACAGGUCAGUUUCCUGUUGGUCAGUUUCCAUUUGGCAGCUUGGCUGAUGCCAUUUUGAGUCUGUACCGAGAACCCAUCACAAUUGGUUAGCAUCUUAAUAAAGCCAUUUUUGCAGAACAAACAAUAUUUGUUACAUUUUAAUAUGAAAAGGCAUAGUCAAGCCUAGAGGUUUCUCCAUUUUGAGUAGACGGCAUUUAUAUUAUCAAAUUCUGCGCCAUUUUUGAACAGUGAGCGAUGCGAAAGUGAUUGCCUGCAAAGGCAGUGUAGACUCAGUUCAUGAGGUAUCUCGGUUUAGACUCGAAAUUUCUUAAGACGCUUGAUAAAGUAAAGUAGGAUUGUGAAGGUAAAUAUUGAAUAAUUUAGAAUGCUCAUUGAAUAUAGUUAACACUGAUAGCAUGCUUUUGUGAUGAUUAUAGUUAAAUUUUAUGCAGAGGAACUGGAAGGAAUUUAUAAGUUGUUGUUUUAACGUGCUGGAAACCAGUAAAGGCCGAUACAAACGAAUAGAAAAGGUGAAUAUGUGUAAUGCUCUCAGCUAUAUUUAAGUAAAUCUUCAAUUCAUUUUCAAUUUGUGA